AAUCAACGAGCGGAACCCGACGGACUACACUUCCCAGAAGCCUCGUGGGCUUCGCUUUGUUUUUCUGCUCUGGGGUGCAGGGGGUUGCCGGACCGCUCCAACCUGCACCUGCCAGGGAGGCUGUAGGUUCGCCCGGCCGAGCCUGCCUAGGGAAAUGGUCCCCGCCCGGUCACUCGCCGGUUGAAGAGGGGCGGCCCUGGCAGGGUACUGGCGGCCGCGGCGCGGUGCUGCGGCGAGAAGGGGUGUGUUGUCGUCCUGUCCUGCUGCUGAAUGUCCGCCCCGGAGGAUGAGGAGAGGCUUUUGCUGCUCACCCAGAGAUGGCCCCGGGCGAGCAAGUUCCUACUGUCCGGCUGCGCGGCGACCGUGGCCGAGCUAGCAACCUUUCCCCUCGAUCUCACAAAAACUCGACUCCAAAUGCAAGGAGAAGCUGCUCUUGCUCGAUUGGGAGACAGUGCAAAAGAAUCUGCCCCCUACAGGGGCAUGGUGCGCACAGCCCUAGGGAUCAUUCAAGAGGAAGGCUUUCUAAAGCUUUGGCAAGGAGUGACACCCGCCAUUUACAGACACGUAGUGUACUCUGGAGGUCGAAUGGUCACAUAUGAACAUCUCCGAGAGGUUGUAUUUGGCAAAAGUGAAGAUAAGCAUUAUCCCCUUUGGAAAUCAGUUAUUGGAGGGAUGAUGGCUGGUGUUAUUGGCCAGUUUUUAGCCAACCCAACUGACCUAGUGAAGGUUCAAAUGCAAAUGGAAGGAAAAAGGAAACUCGAAGGAAAACCGUUGCGAUUUCGUGGUGUUCAUCAUGCAUUUGCAAAAAUCUUGGCUGAAGGAGGAAUACGUGGGCUUUGGGCAGGCUGGAUACCCAAUAUUCAAAGAGCAGCGCUGGUGAAUAUGGGAGAUUUAACCACUUAUGAUACAGUGAAACACUACUUGGUAUUGAAUACACCACUUGAGGAUAAUAUUAUGACGCAUGGUUUAUCAAGUUUAUGUUCAGGACUGGUAGCUUCUAUUCUGGGAACACCUGCUGAUGUCAUUAAAAGCCGCAUAAUGAAUCAACCACGAGAUAAACAAGGAAGGGGACUUCUGUAUAAAUCAUCAACUGACUGUUUGAUUCAAGCUGUUCAAGGUGAAGGAUUCAUGAGUCUGUAUAAAGGCUUUUUACCGUCUUGGCUGAGAAUGACCCCUUGGUCACUGGUGUUCUGGCUUACUUAUGAAAAAAUCAGAGAGAUGAGUGGAGUCAAUCCAUUUUAAGUCCUUAAAGAUGCAAUCUUUAAAGAUACAGUGUUCAGUAUUAUUGAAAUAUGGGCACCUGCAACAUAUACCCCCUAUUAUCUCUACCUCUUUAGGAAGACACCUUAUUCUACAGAGACUGUGAUUUGUAGGGGGCAGCACUUUAUUUUUCUCUGGAAACCCAAGUUCUCUUUGACUCCUCUUUUUGUCCAAAAGUGAUCUGGUCGGAUCUUACAAGGCCAUCCAAUGCGACCCAGCACAGCAUUUUCUAAAGAAGAAUUGAACCCUGACCACUUUCACCUUGGACAAGAAGGUUUGGCCUUUGAGAUGCUAUGCUAUGCUGAAGAGCCUGCUUAGAGGAGAGUGCCGGGGAGGGAGCCAGCAUCUCAGAUCUGAAGUAGCCAAUAGGAAUGUGGAAGAUUAUAUACAUAGCACUUAAAAAAAAUACAUUUAACUUGUUAUGUCAGUAUUUAUUAUUGAAGUUUGAUCAUUUAAUUUUCUGUUAUUGUUAAAGUGUACAUAUUGUAAAUGAAAGGGAAGCGAUGGAAAUUCAUGAAUAAACAUUUUGAGUUUCCCCAGUGUUGAAGGAAGUUGAUGUACCUUUUUUGCCAAGAGGAUUAAAAAAAAAAUCAAGUUGAGAUAUUUGAAUUUCAAGGGAAGAAACUGCCUUCUGUCAGUGCCAUCUCAUUAGAUCUGUGUUAAUUGGUUAGCACUCCACUGCACAUGUUAAUAACUUUCCCUGACAGCUGCAGAUGGAAUCUUGAUGAAAACAGAGCAUUUGCCUUCUUACAUAUUCCACUACAAAUCAGAUGUGUCUCUAGUUCCUAAGAAUCUUAAUGUGUAUGAACUGCAACUUAUUUUUAUUAAAAAUCAGCCUUUAUAUCCUUUUAUAAAGCAUCUUUUGUUACUAUCCAGAUUUCAGUGGUACUUUAAAAGCAAGGCUGCUAUGAAGUGAGCCAACUCUGAAAUGUUUCUUUUCUUAUCUCCCUUCUAACACUGAGGGCUCUAGAGAGACAGAGAGAAUUUAGAAAUCACACUAAAACUGUCAGUGGACUGAGUCUUACUCAGUUUGACAGAGCUUCUUGCCUAAACAGUAUAAACUGUUAUCUUGCCUCAACAGUAUAAAUUCUAAUCUUUGAAUCAAAUCCCUGUUCUUAUUUUAGAAAGGUAAAGUUUCUUUCAGAUUCACCUACAUACCACCUGCUUCUCCAACCUCAGACAGUGGGCAUUCCUGGAUGGAUGGCUGUGGUUAUGGGUAAAGGCUGUAACUGUUAAAAUAGGAAAACACAAAAAGCUUCGGCCUAAGAAAGACCUUGGACUGAACCCAGCUGAAUUUGUUCUGAUGGACGUGGAUGAUGCUGAACAGAAAAAAGUUUACAAGUGCUUUGUGGUUGCACUAAUGUAUAAUCACUGCCAUUUUAAGAAGGAGAAGUACACUUUAAAAUCUAUUUGAAUGUUAUAUACUAAUAUGCAGUAGCUUAUUGUUUUUUCUAGUUGCAGAAUGUGAAAUUUAAUCUCUUCAUAUCUUUAGGUAAUCUACUUUUUCCAUUAUGUUUGUCAAUCUGUAAUUGAGUUGUUAAAUAUAUUUAAUAUCCAUUUGUGCUUAAAUUCCCAAGUGUUCUGUAAUGAAUCACUUUGGGGAAAUUUUGGUUUUUUAUGUUUUGUAAUUUUUAAAACCAAGUAAAGACUGGAUAAAAAUUACACACAAACUGAA